AUGAAAACUCGUGGAUAAAAGGUUGAACCAAGUUAUGCAUAUUAAUUCAAAAAGGAUUAGAUUCUUGGAUAGAGUGAGAAAGGCAAAGCAGUCUUUUUUAAAGUAGUAGAAGAUCUAAAAACUAAUGAUCAUAAAUCAUAAUUAAGAGUAGUAAGACUGGAGUAGUAAGAGAAGUAAAAGGAUGGUAAAGUAGUAUACAAAGAGUCAUAAGAGGCACUAUUAUCAGUGAAGGAAAGAACGUAAGAAAAAAUAUAUUAAUUUUAGUAAAAUUGUGGAAGAUGUUGAAGUAAAAUCCACAAAACAAAAUCCAAGGAGUAAAUCAACAGUGACUUCUUUUAUAUUUCCUUAAGAUACUUUAUAAGAGAUAGCAAAGAGCACUAAGUAAGUUCCCGCCAAUACUAAGUAGUAGAAGAAAUAGGUAAGUUCUGAAAGUGAAAGUGAAGAAGAAGAAGCACCAAAAAAAUAUACAAUAAAGAAAGGAACCAAAUAAGUAGUAAAAGGAUAAACUCAAAAAUAAGUAGUGAAGAAAAAUAUGAAAAAGAAAGAUGAAUCAGAAGAUAGUGUUGAACAGGAAUCAUCAGAAGAGGAGCCACCAAAAAAAUAAUCGAUUACCAAAAAGUAAAUUUAAAAGUAGACUAAAAAUAAUAAAAAAGGAAGUAAAUAAGUAAAGUAAGAAAAAAGUGAAGAACAUUCUGAAGAAGAAGAAGAAAAUAAUUAGGAGUAAAAAAAGAAAAGAGUUACAAGAUAAACAUUAAAUUCACAAAAAGAAAAACUUGAAGAAUUACCACCUUAAAAGAAAUAAGUUAAGAGAGGUAGAGCUUAAAUAAAGCAAAAAUUUGAAGAAGAUGAAGAUGUUGAAGAUAAUGAAGUUUAAUCUUAAUCAGUUGAAUAAAAAAAGAAAGUUAGUAAGGCAAAUGGAAAGAAAUCUAAAUCUUAACCUGCUUAACCAACAAAAUUUGUUAAAGGGAAAGUUAAUCCAAAUUAUAGAGAAAUAAGAUAAAUUAGUGAAUAAUUCGAAGGAACAUCUUCAAAAUUUGUUGAUUAUUCUAGUAUAAUGAUGAAUAAUAAUGAAUUAAUUAGAGCUGCUAAAACAGGAAAUAUUAAAUUGUUAGAAGACAUUUUUGCUAAUUCUUAGAAAAUUAGUAAUAUUUUUUAAAGUUGGGGUCCUGAAAAUGAAAUUAAUGCUAUUGAACUAAUAUUUUAAAGGUAAGAUAAAGCUAUGUUACUUUAAUUUAUAAAAUCAAUAGGUAAAUUAAAAUUGGGAAGUACUCCUAGUUGUUCUUUAAAAGAAAUUAAUACAGGAUAUAAUAAUUAAUAUGCUUAUGGAUCUCGAACUAGAAAAGUUGCUUUAGGUAGAGGAGGUAGAGAAGGAAACAAUGCUUUGGUUUAUGAUUUGGAUUAAGAUGAUAGUUUGACAGAUGCAAUAUUAGAGAGAUUAAUGGAAAUAGAAAGUAAUCCAGAGUUUUUUGGUUUAAUGAUGGCUUAAUUGGGAAAUGAACAAUAAUACUAUAAUUUGAUAGCUAUAGCAGUUAGGAGUGGAAAUUGGAAGACAGCUGGUUAUUUAGUAUAGAUGGCAAUGGAUAAAGGUCAUAUGUAUGGAUUUAAUUAAGUUCAUGUGGAUGUUUUGAAUUAUACAAGUGCAAGUCGUAUAGGCAAUAUAAAGAAACCAUCAGCAACUAAAAAAUCAGGUGGAAAUUAUUUAAUAACUCCAAUUCAUUGUGCAGCUAUAAAUCCAAAUCAUUCUUGUCUUUAAAAAUUAUUGGAUAUAUCAUAAGAAUAUAAUAUUUUAGAUGAAAUUCAUAGAAAACCUGUACAUUAUGCUGCAGUAUCUUAAACUUCCGCAUGUUUAAAAUAUUUAAUGGAAAAUAGUAUAGAUGUAAGAGAGGGAGAUAGAAAUAAGAAUACACCUUUAAUUUUGGCAGCUGAAUUUGGUAGAACACAUAAUGUUUAGAUUCUAGCUUCAAAUAAUAUUGAUGGAAAAAAUAGAGAUGGUAAUGCAGCUAUUCAUGUUGCUUGUUAAGGAGGACAUUUAGAAACUGUUAAGGUUCUUUUAAAAUAAGGAGCAAAAAUUAAUUAAACAGGAUAAAAUAGAAUGACUCCAUUAAAUAUAGCAUGUGCUUAUGGUCAUUAUGAACUUGCUAAGUAUUUAAUUGAAUAAGGUGCAAAAGUAUUAGCUAAAGAUAAAUAUGGAAGAUCUUCUUGUGUUUUAGCUGCUCGUAAUGGUAAUGUCAAGAUUCUAUCUUUGUUACUUUAUCAUGGUGCUGAAUAUGAUUAACCAGACAGCUCUAAAAAUACUCCUCUUCAUUAUGCAGCAGCAUAUGGAUUUCCAGAAUGUAUUGAAGAACUUAUGAAAGCUGGAGCUGAUUAAAAUUUACCAAAUUCUUGGAAAUUGACACCAUUAUCAGUAGCCUUAUAGAAAAAUCAUUUAAGUAUUGUAAAAAAAUUGUUAAGUUAUCCAACUACAGAUGUUAACUGUAAAGAUGAUGAAGGAAGAACUUUAGUUUCAUCUAGUUUAAGCAAAUUUACAGUUGAUACUUUUGAAUAUAUUAAAUAUCUAAUCUUAGAAAAAAAUGCAGAUGUUAAAAUUUCAGAUCUAUAAGAAAAGACUCCUUUACAUUAUGCUGUUUUAUUGUCAAGAAAAGAUGCUAAAUAAUAUUAUAAUAAAUGGAACGAAAUGAGCAAAGCAGAAAGAAGAGAUAUUAAAAAUAAUUAUGAGAAAUUAGUUCAUGAAAUGAUUGAACUCUUAAUCAAUGCAGGUUCAGAUGUUAAUAUCUAAGAUACUAAUGGAUAGACUCCAUUUAUACAAUCUUUAAUGAGUUAAAAUUUCAAAGUUUCAGAAUUAUUAAUGAAAUUAUCUACUCCUACUGUUAAUUAUGUUGAUAAAAGAGAUAGAAAUAUUUUACAUAAAUUAAUAGAAUGUAGAUUAUUUUUAAAUGUAAAAGGAUUUACUAUCUUAAAAGAUAUAAUUAAAACUAUUGAUCCAACUUUUGUUAAUUAAUAUGAUGAGAAUGGAUGGAAUCCAUUACUUUAUCUGAUCUCUGAAUAUACCAGUAUAGCUCAAACAUAACAUACUGAAAUUUAUAAUAAAAAAGUUUCUUUAUUAUAACAAAAGUUAUUUGAAGAGAAAUUAAAAGAAAUACUUUAAGAGGAGGAAAGAAUAAAUUAAGAAAAAAAAUUAAAAAAUAAUGAUGAAAAUGAAAAGAAGAACUAAAAUCAAGAUGAUGAUGAAAAUGAAGAAGAUGAAGAUGAAGAAUAGGAAGAAGAUGGUGAGGAAGAAGAAGGAGCAGAAGAAGAUGGUGAGAAUGAAGAAGAGGAAGAUAAUCAAGAUGAUAAUAAUAAUGAAGAUGAAGAAAAUGAAGAAGAUGAAUAACAUUCUGGAGAUUAUGAUGAAGAAGAAAAUGAAGAAUAUGAAGAUGAAGAAGAUGAAGAUAAUAAUUAAAAUAAAAAAAAUUUACUUGGCUAAGGAUUAUUUGAGUAAACAAAUGUUUUUUCAAAAGCUUAAGCUAAUUCAGUAACAACUAAGGAAUAAUAUCACUCAAAAACAUUCUAUCAUAAAAACAAACCAGUCAUUGUCUUUUUAAACAACGAUUAAGUUGAAAUCUUGUAAAAUGAAGCUAAACAAGAGUCUUUAAAUUUAUAGGAUACAGUACUUAAUUUGUAUCAAUUAUUCAUCAAUUUGGGGGCUGAUCCUAAUUCAACAAUUAUAAAGAGAAAAUAAUUUAGAGAACAAAAAGAAGGUGAAUAAGAAAAAGAAGAUCAUCCAUAUGUAGAUGAAGGAGGCUAUACUAUUGCUCACUUUAUUUUCAAAAACUAUCAUAGUGUAUCAUUCCUUCAAGGAAUUUAUAAUAUCAAAGAUAUAUCCUUGACUGAAGUUGCUUUAUAAAAUAUAUAUCCAAUACAUCUAUUUGCAAAUUCCUGUGAUGCACAUUAAAUUUGUGGAAGAGAAAAUGAAACAAGUUAAACAUUUUUAGAAUAUGUAAUUAAAAAAAUUAAUGUUAAUGUAAAAGAUGAACAAUCAAAUACUCCUACUAGCAUCAUUGCAUGCAGAUAUAGCAUUGUUUUUGAUGGAAUUUUAGAUCUUUUAAUUUCAAAUGGUGGCAGCGUUAAUAAUUUGAAUGAAGAUGAUGUCGUACCAUUAUAAAGUUGGGUAAAAUCAAAUAAUGUUAAAGUGGUUGCAACUCUUUUGACCAAAUUUAAAGCUGAUCCUAGCUUCCCUGAUAAAUCAAAAAGAACUGCUUUACAUCAUGCUAUUAAUUCAUCAAAUUCUUAAGCUGAUGCCAGUUUUGAGAUGGAACAUCUUUUAAUUAAGAAUGGAGCAAACACUAAUGCUCUUGAUAUCUUUAAGAGAACUCCUCUCUUUUAUGCAUUUACAAAGAUGACUUAUGAUAAUGAUUUUAGAGAAAUUGAUCCUUUUGAAACUGUUUCAUCUGUUUUAGCUGAUAAACAUUGUGAAGUUGAUUGUGUUGAUAUACAUUAGAGAUCUCCACUUCAUUAUGCUGCUAUGAGAGGCAGUGUAAUAUCAGGAAGAUAUAUGAUAAAAAUGAAAGCACCAAUAGAUGUGCCUGAUAAAUAUGGCAAUACUCCGUUGGCUUUGGCAUUUUUAUGUGGUCACUCUAACUUCUGCACAAUGCUUAUAGAUAACAAAGCAGAUGUAAAUAGAUUUGCAACAAUUGUUGAUUAUAAGAAGAUUAGAUAAGAAGAAAAGAAAUAGAGGAAGGAAAGAAUUUAAAAAGUUUAGGCAAUAGAAUAAGAGGAUAAUGAAUUUUAGACUGACUCAGAUGAAUAAGAUGAAUAAGAAGAUGAAGAUUUUAAUAAUGGACUUUAUGGAUCUACCAAAAAUAAAAAGAUAGCUGCUGUUAAAGCAUCUAAAAAAGCAAAAGGUUCAGGCUCUUAUUAAUAAUAAAAAAAAUCUAAUAGAAUUUAUUUAUUAUAAUCAAAUAAAUUCCCAGUUGGAACUUAUUCAUAUUUUAAAUUAGCAAUCAAAUAAGGAUGGUAAGGUGUUGCAUACUUAUUGAUUUCUGAUGGAUAUGAUUUACAAAGAGCGAUUGAAGAUGCAAUAAUGGAAGAAUAAUUUAAGCUAGUUCGUACUUUGUUGAUGAAAGUAAAAGAUGAUGAAGUAGUUUAGAGAAAAAAUUAAAAUAAAUAAAAUCUUUUCCAUAUAUUUUCAAUUAAAGGUAGGAAAUGUACAGAUGAAAUAGCAUUAAUGAUUGCUGAAGAAUUAGCAAGCAGAUUAGUUGAUAAAAAUGCUAAAGAUGAUCAAAACAAUACUCCACUACAUUAUGCUGCUUAAAAUGAUUUUUAUGGAAUGAUUCAAUAUUUAUUGUAAUCUAAUUGCGAUCCAAAUAUUUACAAUAAUGAUAAGAAUACUCCAUUUUCAAUUAGAUUGUAAGAAAACUAUAAAGCUUUAGUUUCUGAUGUAGAACUAUAAUGUUGGAAGGAUUAGAAUACAAAUUUAAAUGUUAAGUUCAAAGUUAAAGAAAAAGAUUAUACCAUAACUCCAAUUUUGUUUUUAAUUUAAGAAUUCCAUUUGGAAGAUGAAAUUAUAUUAACUAAAUUUACAGAAGCUGGAUGUGAUAUAAAUGAAAAGACAGAAUCUGGAGAAACUUCUCUAAUGUUAGCUAUUAGGAUAAAUUCAAUGAAAUUAGUAAAUUUUGUUUUGAAUCAUCCUAAAUUUAAUAAAGAUAUACACUCUUAAGAUUCCUAAAGCAGAACACCAAUUCAUUAUGUUGUAUAACCUCUUGAAUUUGGUUCUUAUGAAAAUAUUUAGAUGUUAGAAUUGUUAGCAAAAUAAUUUAAUAUUAAUUAACCUGAUAAUUAAGGAAGAACUCCUUUAGACUAUGCAAAUGAUCAAGAUUCAGGAACUAUGGCAGAAGUUCUUAAAAAAUUAAAUGCUAAAGAAGGCAAGAAAUAAAAAUAACCUAGACUUCCUACAAGUGUUAUUUCUUAAGCUUAAUGGGUAGAAGAAGAAAUUGAUGUUGAAACAGAUGCUUAGAAAUUCUUAGACUUAAAUGGAGAAUAAUUAGACGAUUCAAAAUAAGAUAGAAAAAAAAUUGUAGAUCCUGCAGGUCAAGAAUCAGGUAAGGUUGAAGUGUGGAUAGAUAAAGAAUCUGGCCCAUAUUCAUUAUUAAUGACUAAAGUUGAUAUAGGUAAUGGUAUCUACUCAGAAAAUGUAUUUUAUAAGAUGUAAGUCUUGCAUGAAAUCAAUAGAAAUGUAUUUAUUCUAUUAACAAAAUGGGGAAGAAUAGGAACAGAUGGAUAACAUCAAUUGACUCCUUUUGAAAAUGCAGAGGAAGCUAUUAAAGAAUUUAAUAAGAUAUUCCAAAAUAAAACAGGAGGAAAUGAUUGGAGAAAAGUGUAAACUGGAGAAGUACCAUUUGUAAAAAAACCAGGAAAAUAUUAAUUGAUAAAUUUCAAGAACGUAAAGAAUUUCAAAACUUUACUUACUCCAUUUGAUUUCAGUAAGAAAAGUCCUUAUUAACAGAGUAAUUUAGACAAAGCAAUCAAAAGAUUUAUGCUGCAAUUUGUUUAGGUUAAAUUGUACAAUAAGGAUUUAGAAUAAUUCCAUGUCGAUUUAGACUCUAUGCCUAUUGAAAGAUUAGAUAGAAAACAAUUAGAAGCAGCUAAAGCUAUUUUAAAUGAAUUAACAGAUUGUGUAGAAGAUUUACAGAAACUUAGACAAAAAGGAGAUCUUGAUAUUAAGAAGAUUCAAAAUAUAUUUACUGAAAUAAGUGAUAAAUCAAGUAGAUUUUAUGAAUUAGUUCCAACUAAAGAAUAGCAAACAGAGCCUAUUCCUCCAUUAGAUUCAGUAGAAGCAAUAAAUCAAAAAUUGUUGUUAAUAGAAACAUUACUUAACUUUGAGAUUACAUCAAAGAUUUUAUUAGGUGCUCAUUUAAUGAAACAAACAAUAAAUCCAUUAACUUAUUGUUUCAAUGCACUUAAUGUUAGAGUAGUUACUCUACCAUAAGAGCAUCCUGAAUUUAAGUUGAUAGCUUAAUAUAUAAAUUCAUCUUAGAAAACUAAGAUUUCAAAUAUAUUUGCAGUGGAACGAAGAGGAGAAGCUGAGAGAUUUGAACAUAACAAAUAAUAUAAGAGAAUGUUAUUAUGGCAUGGUUCAAAGAUUUCUAAUUUUAUGGGAAUUCUAGCUUAAGGAUUAAGAGGUAUUAAUAUUAAUCAAUAUAAAUUAGUUGCACCUCCAUGGGCAUUUAACACUGGAGCCAUGUUUGGUAAAGGUAUUUAUUUUGCUGAUAUGUUCUAAAAAUCAUUUGCAUAUACUGAAGAUUGGUCUCUUUAUUACAAUCAAUAUAAUGGGUUGUUGUAAUAAAAUGGAUAUUACAACAGACAGCGAAAUAAUUAGAAGGAUGAGCAAGAUGAAAUUCAGAGAUAUAGAUACAUGUUAUUAUGUGAAGUAGCUGUUGGAAAAUCAAAGAAUCUUUAUAACGCUGAAUAUAUUUCUAAUUUAGACAGUAAUUUUAUUAUUAAUAAUAAAUUUAGAAUAAUAUUAGUCAGUCAAGGGAUGUGGUAGAAGAGGUCCUGAUUAUAAAUAAUCAGUUGUUUUAGCAAACGGAUGCAAAGUACCUGUUGGAUAAUGCAUAGAAUAUCAAUUACCGAAGAAAAAAGAUAAAAAUGGUAAUCAAAUUCGUUUUUAACUCUAACACAAUGAAUAUAUUGUUUAUGAUGAGACCAAAGUAAGGGUCCGAUAUAUGGUUCAAUUAGAUACUAAAGACACAUUAGACGAGUAUUGAGAUAUUUUAUAUUUUUAUUUUGCUUUAAGAAUUUUUAUUCCUAAAGCUAUUAUUAUUUAAUUAUAAAAAAA